AUGUCAGGAGCAUGUUACACGCAUCCGCUGACAGGCGAGCGCACCGCGGAAAUAUUCGCUGGCGUUGUUCCGACCAACUUUGCAUACUUUCAUGCUUCGAUAGUUGCCGGUACAAGAGCCGCUGCUGCUGAGUGCAAAGGAGAUAAACUGGAGAUUAAAGUGGCAUUCUGUGGAGAUGCAGCGACCCACACAGCGAAGGAGCUUCGGAACAUGGGGCGCCUGGGCUUGCUAGCGGUGCUGGCCCUGGACUUCCUGAUCGUGCACUUGGAGUUGAGCGGGGGGCAGCCGGCUUACCCGACCCUGAAUAUCGCCGUCAUUCUGGGCAGGAGCCCCGACAGCCCCGGUUUUCGGGACGUGUGGGUCCGGGAAGACGGCCCCGGGUUCCCCAUCGAUGUCAACGUGGUGACCGUGGCGGUGAACCAGACCGACCCGAAGAGCAUUAUCACCCACGUGUGUGACCUCAUGUCAGGCACCAAGAUUCACGGCGUGGUCUUUGGAGAUGACACUGACCAGGAGGCUAUCGCUCAGAUUUUGGAUUUUAUAUCCUCCCAGACUUUUAUCCCCAUCCUGGGAAUACACGGCGGCUCUUCCAUGAUCCUGGCAGAUAAAGAUCAGCAAUCAACAUUUUUCCAGUUUGGUGCUUCCAUUCAUCAACAAGUUGGAGUGAUGCUAAAUAUCAUGGAAGAAUAUGACUGGCAUGAGUUUUCCAUUGUAACCAGCACCUUCCCUGGAUACCAUGAGUUUAUUAGUAUACUAAAAACAACAGUCGAAAACAGUUUUGUGGGCUGGGAGCUACUCAGCACCAUCACAUUGGAUGCUGUUGUUGGGGAUUCAAAAGCUCAAAUCCAACUGAAGAAAAUACAAUCGUCAGUCAUUCUGCUGUACUGUUCGAAAGACGAAGCCAUUUUUAUACUGGAGGAAGCCCGUUCACUGGGCCUUACAGGCUAUGGUUUCAUCUGGAUUGUGCCCAGUUUGGUAACAGGUAACACAGACAACAUACCAGAGGCAUUCCCAGCUGGGUUAAUUUCCGUAUCAUAUGAUGAGUGGGACUACAGCCUUACAGAAAGGGUGAUGGAUGGUGUUGGGGUCAUAACAACAGCUGCUUCUGCCAUGAUGGAACAAUAUGGAUACAUUCCGGAAGCAAAAACAAGUUGCUACGGCCAAUUGGAGAAGAAAGUUCUUCCAUUCCUUUCACUGCACAAGUUUAUGAUGAAUGUCACCUGGAAUGGCAAAGACCUCUCCUUCACACGAGAUGGAUACCAGGCCAACCCUAAGCUUGUGGUGAUUGUACUAAACAAGGAACGCACCUGGGAAAAGGUUGGAAAGUGGGAAAACCAUAGUCUAGCACUAAAAUAUCCAGUGUGGCCAAGAUUUAACUCCUUCGCAGAUAGUGAAGUAGAUGACAACCACCUAACUAUCGUCACUUUGGAGGAAACCCCGUUUGUCAUUGUGGAGGACGUGGAUAAGUUGACUGGAACCUGUGCGAGAAGCAAUGUGCCAUGCAGGAAAAAUGUCAAAGCUGUCAAUUCCACUGACAAGGGGAUCUAUGUGAAGAAAUGCUGCAAAGGAUUUUGCAUCGACAUAUUGAAGAAGCUUGCAAAGGCUGUGAAAUUCACGUAUGAUCUGUACCUGGUGUCAAACGGGAAGCAUGGCAAAAAAAUCAAUGGUGUAUGGAAUGGAUUGGUUGGUGAUGUGAUGUAUCAAAGAGCAGCUAUGGCUGUUGGUUCACUGACCAUUAAUGAGGAGAGAUCUGAAGUUGUUGACUUUUCGGUACCGUUUGUGGAAACAGGAAUCAGUGUCAUGGUAUCUCGGAGCAAUGGCACAGUUUCCCCCUCUGCGUUUUUAGAGCCCUUCAGUGCUGCUGUGUGGGUCAUGAUGUUUGUCACGUUGCUCAUUGUGUCUGCUAUUGCAGUUUUUGCAUUUGAGUACUUCAGCCCAGUCGGGUAUAACAGGAAUUUGGCAAAAGGCAGAGCUCCACAUGGUCCAUCAUUCACAAUUGGCAAAGCAAUAUGGCUCCUUUGGGGCUUAGUCUUCAAUAAUUCUGUGCCUGUAGAGAAUCCUAGAGGAACAACUAGUAAAAUAAUUGUCUCAGUAUGGGCAUUCUUUGCUGUGAUAUUUCUGGCCAGCUACACUGCCAACCUGGCUGCUUUUAUGAUCCAGGAGGAGUUUGUGGACCAAGUGACUGGACUCAGUGACAAAAAGUUUCAGAGGCCAUAUGACCAUUCGCCACCUUUUCGAUUUGGCACUGUUCCAAAUGGCAGCACUGAGAGAAAUAUUCGAAAUAAUUACCCUGAUAUGCAUGCCUAUAUGUCCAAGUACAACCAGAAAGGAGUGCAAGAUGCUUUGGUCAGCUUGAAGACUGGAAAGUUGGAUGCAUUCAUAUAUGAUGCAGCCGUGCUCAAUUACAUGGCAGGAAGAGAUGAAGGCUGCAAGCUUGUAACAAUCGGCAGUGGAUACGUCUUUUCAACCACUGGUUAUGGAAUAGCUUUGCAGAAAAGCUCGCCUUGGAAACGUCAGAUUGACCUGGCCCUCCUGCAGUUUGUUGGUGAUGGUGAAAUGGAAGAGCUGGAGAGUUUGUGGCUGACUGGAAUCUGUCACAAUGAGAAGAAUGAAGUCAUGAGCAGCCAGUUGGAUGUUGACAACAUGGCAGGCGUGUUUUACAUGCUGGCUGCUGCUAUGGCUUUAAGCCUGAUCACCUUUGUGUGGGAGCAUUGGUUCUACUGGAGCCUAAGGCACUGUUUCAUGGGAACCUGUACUGGAAAACCAGGCCUUCUCUUCUCAAUCAGCAGGGGUAUCUGGAGCUGUAUACACGGUGUUCCAUACGAGGAAAAGAAAAAAUCGCCCAACCUGGAUUUGAACAGCCCUCAAACAAAUAUUCUGAGGCUGUUUAACACGGCAAAAACAAUGGCCAAUAUGUCAAAUCUGAAUGCUUCAAGAGCAAACUCCCCGAAAAGAACUUCCAAUUUCAUUCAAAAAGGGUCUUUGCUGCUUGAUGUGGUUGACCAAAAGGGAAAUUUCCUGUACUCUGAUAACAGGCCCUAUCAACCCAAGGAGACUGGCUUCACUGAUAACACCAGCGAAAUGAUGACAUUUAAUGUCAACAGGCAGAAAGAUAACCGUAACAAUUAUAUACUCCAAGGGCAGCAUCCGUUGACUCUAAAUGAAGCAAAUCCCAACACUGUGGAGGUUGCAGUUAGCUCUGAUACUCCUAAACUUAACUCCAGGCCUAGGCAGCUGUGGAAAAAAUCUGUGGAAACGUUGCGGCAAAAUCAGGGGUCGCUAGUAGAAAGUGUCAAUGUAGAGCCCAAGCAACCCGUUAAAAACCAGAGGUACCUUCCAGAGGAUGUUGUCCAUUCAGACAUGUCUGAUUGUUCAAGCCGCACUACAUCCUACAAGGAUCCUGACAACAAUCAGAAGUAUCACAAACAUAAAGAGACCUUCAAAAAGAAAUCCAUGAUGGCCAAGUAUCCUCGAGACUGCAGUGAAAUAGAACUCUCUUAUCUUAGAGCAAAGGAGAGCCAGCAACACCAUCGUGACAAAGUCUACACCAUUGAUUCUGACCGGGAGUCCAGUUAUCAUUCGGAUCAGCAUCAUUACCGAGAAAAUGUAGCAAUUCCAGAGGGUCUGGACUACCCUCAGGUGUAUCAUGAUCAGAAUGAGAAUUACAGGAAACAGGAAGCAGUUCUGCACGUAAACAGGACUCCUCAGCAUAAUGAGGACAACCUUACCAAUGCUGAAAAUAAAUACAGCCUCUAUAAUAAGCACUACAGCUUGAAGGAGAAAAAUCUUUCCCCUGUCGAUUACAAUGAUAGGUACAAGCAGCCCAUCGCUCACUGCAGAAGCUGCCUCUCCAAACUGCCCAACUACACCCCUCACUACUCGGUCAGGUCUCCAUAUAACAGAUGUGAUGCUUGUGUACACACAGCAAACUUGUAUGAUAUUAGUGAAGAUCACAUGUUACAAGAGCCAGUAAGCUCCAUGUGCCCUGAAGAAUCCUUUGUCCACCACUGGGUGGGUUCUGAAGCCUCGAACAUGCAGAAAGUAAAUAGGCUGAGGAUUAGCAGACAGCAUUCAUUUGACAAUAUCCUUGAGAACCCUAAAGAAGUGGAUCUUGGAAGACCUGCACGAAGUGUAAGCUUAAAAGAAAAGGACAAAUUUCAGGAUGACCCUUAUGCACAUGUAUUCGAUAUUAAGCCAGAGAAACUCUUUAGCACCAAGGUUUCUGUUUUUGACCAUAAUCUGGAAGAGACCAAACGGAGUAAAUCAUUGUAUCCAGACCAUGUCUCUGAGAAUCCAUUUUGGCAUUCCUUUCGUGAAGAUCAGCAUUUGGUCCACGGUCGAAGUUCUUCUGACAUAUAUAAACAAUCGGCUGCAUCAAAGAUAGGGCUGACUGGCCUUUCCUACUAUCUGAUGGCAAAGGAGCAACAGAAAAGAGAUACAUGUUGA